GCUGGUUAAUAGCUAUUGGUGUAAUACUGGCUGUCACCAUCAUCAUGGGAGUUUAUUUCCAUCAAAGGCAAUGGAAAAAUAAAAAAGGUUAAUUUAUUUUGUACCUUUGUUAUAAAAAAAAUAGAAUUCCAUUUUAUUUUUUUAAAAACAAAUAAGGUAGCUGUCAAAAUGUUUUAAUUUUUUUUCAUUUUCAACAAAUCAGGAAAGUAAAAAUUCAAUAAGAAAAGAGGAUUCAUGUUAAAACUUAGUUAUUUUAAUUAAGAGACAAAUCUUUAUCUAAAUAUUAUUUUAAGACAAAACUAAUCUUUUAAAAUUAUUUAGUAGCCUAUAUUCACAUAAUAGUUAUUAUUGAAUUAUGAAUGCUCAGAUUUUUCAUUUAGCUAAAUGAUUUUUUUCAGAACAUUCAGCAUAAGUUUAUGGGAAAAUAAUUACAAGUAAAUAGACAUGUUAAUGUAAUAAGUUUGCAGAGUUAAAAAAAAAUGACCCACAGCCUUAGACUUGCAAAGUUUGUAGAUAAUAUCAUGUUGGAAUAUGUUGACUAAAAAUUUAUUUUCUUACUUUUUUUUUUAUAAAUUAAAGCAAGGGACCUAAAAACUUUAAGACAUCACUCACAAAUUUCACACUUCGACUCAACGGCAUGCCUGACAAAAAUUGGUUUAAUUUUUUUUAAGCUUAAAUAAUAGAGUAUGAAUUUAUUUUAUUUUUUAAAAAUGAUGUUAAAUGUUUACCGAAACAUUUUUAAACACUUUUUACUGUUAGUUUUAAGACAUAAAGAAACAAAUAAAUAUUAAUAUGUUUAGUUCAUCAUCAGAAAUUAUAUUGAAGCCACUAUUACAAGAAAUUAAUGCAUGUAAAUUCAGUAUGAACUCAUUAAAUUUUAAUUGUUUUGAAAUUCUAAUCUUUGAUACAAAAAUAGCAUAUUUUGUAUCAAAGAUUAGAAUUUCAAAACAAUUAAAAUUAAAAACCGGACCCUCACACUACUUAUUUAAUUUUUCAUUCCUUAAAAAACCUAAUUCAAUAUGUAUCCUAUCAAUUUAAAUGUAGGCCUACCUAAUAUUAAUAUAUUUAUUUAAUGUAAGUUUUAAACAAAUAAUUAUAUUUUUAAAACAUUUUCUGAGCAUUUGUGGCAAAAAAUGUAAAACAAUCAAAUAUGGCCACUUCACUGGAGUAGACACGUGUAGAGAAAUUAUUUAUAAUACUGGUUCGUUUAUAAAUUCUUUGUAACUUUUUUUUUUUUUUAAAUUAGACAUAGAAACAAGUGGGAAGAACAAAGAUGAAAUGCAAAACUUGAUAAAAUCUGAAAACAAAAGAAAUGAAAAAGCACUAAAAAAGCUUGGUGAAGGUAAUGACUGGUUGUAAUGUAAUGAAGUGUAAUGUAAUGCAGAAAAAAAUAAUUUAUAAUUUUUUUUUCCUACCUGCUUUUAACGUAAUUAAAUUUUAGGAAUUUUUUGAAAUUACAUUUAUUUAAUGGAUCUGUAAUUAUUUAUUUAAAAUAAAAUUAUUUAAAAAGUUGUCUUCCGUAAAUUAAUUCCCUAAACUUACACAAGUUUGAGAAAUAACAGCUAUUAACUAACUAACUAACUUAAGAAAAUCAGCGAACACCUCGCCGAAGCUCAUAUGGUCCUCCCCAAUGCACCACCCCGCCAACCAAAUCGGCCGUCAACCACUCCCUCAAUGGUCUUUAUUCCGAUCGGGCCGCGAAGCGGCACGCCAGGGACAUUCCGCCCCUAAGACCGCCACGCCCGACCUCCACUCCAUUGACCGCUGAGCGUGGCAGCCCCAGAGAAGAAACACCUGGCCAGCGGGAUUGCUGCUCACGCAGCAACAGGGCCGGACUUUCUAGGGGUUGGGGUGGAUGUUUAACGUCUCUAAAGUCCCCCGUUACCACCCCGGGGGGACCGCGUAGAUGUUUAAAACCGGCGGCCUCUACUUGGGUUUAUGUGGUUAUUCUACGGCACAGCUAUUAACUAGAUCAUUCUAUUUAAUAUUUUUUAUUGAAAUGGAGAGUCAAACAAAGUAUUUUCAACUGAAUCAAAUCAUCCUUGCUAUGCUUACAACAAGAAAUAAAAUUGCUUUUAAUAGUUUUAAGUUUAGGUCAUUUUAAUUAGGCUACAAGAAUAUUUGAACAUAUAGUCUUAAUUUAUUAAAAAAGUAUCAAAUUUUUCUGUCACUCCAAUACCUUUUAAAUCUUAAAGUAAAGUUAUAACUGAACAGUUGAUUCUCCAUAAAAACACCUCAACCAGUAUUUGUGAUUUGGCCAGAGUGUCUCUGGGAUACCAAAACUAUAUUUGAUAUUUUAAUUAAAAAUUAUUUUAUGUAUCAAAUUUCUUUGUUUUAUUUAAAUAGAAUGCCAGAAGUCAAUUGAGGACAAGGUAAAGGAUGAGAAAGACAAAAGGAUUCAAGAAAACGAAGGUAAAUAAAAUUAAAUUGUAAAUGAAACACCACAAAUGACAGUAUAAAUUACAUUCAAUGCUUAUUAUGAGAUAAGAUUAGGUUUUUUUUAUGGAUCCAAAAAAAUAGCAUAGAAAUCAGUCAUAAAUGAAAUCCUUUGCCUUUAGUGACAAUAAUGACUUAAUUAGUGAUCAUUUAGAUUUGGUUAUCACUGGGGGAGCACGCUUAUAUAUUGUACAAACUGGGAACAUAAGAAUUUUUAUCUUAGAUCUGUGGUAAAGUGGGUGUGAUGUACCGAUAUCAUCCAAAUUUUUUGAAGUUUUACAACAGCAUUUUUCUUCAAAUAGUUAUUCAGCUGAAGGAUGUUUAGUUUGUAUGUUAUCACUAGCUUUCUUUAUUUGUCUAUUUAAUUGGUGUUUGAUGUCAGAUAAUGAAUUCACACAAUAGCCGGUGAAGUUCAGUAGGCUUCCAUUUGUUGCACUGUUGAUUAUGUUGUUUGUUUACACCAAAAUUAUACAAUUUUUUACGAUAAAAAAAUUCCUUGGUUGACUUUUUUAGUAUAGAUUUUGACAGUGUUCAUGCCCUUUCAGCUUAUUUUUAAUGGUGACACCUUGGUACUUAUAUGUCUCUACUUUGCUCCCUAUUGUUCUAAAUGUAAAAAAGAUAUUUUCAAAACCUUAACAUUUUCUUUUAAAUAGAUGAUCUGACAUAAAGCAGUUAAAAUAUCUCCAAAACUUGUUAAUCAGUACCAUACAAGGCCAACUUCAGAGCUAAUUAUAAAUAGUCCAAUGUCUCAGUCUACUGAUCUGUCAUCUGCCUAUUUGUUUAUGUCCGUAUUAAUUGCAAGUUACUUGUUUUAUUCAAUUUUAAAUUGCAUCCAUUUUUUUUUUUUCAGCUUUGCGGCUAGAAAUUAAUAAAAUUGAUACUGAAAACUCACAAUUAAAAACAUCCUGGGAGGAAAAUUUGAACUUAAAUAGACAAAGGGAGACAGGUACUUUUUCUAAAAACAUACUAAGUUUGGAAUUGCCAGAAUAUACAAAUUUUCAAUACCUAAUGGUUUAGUUAUUGAAAUGUAUAAUAUCAUUUAACUCCAUUAUUUAUACGCAUAUGUUUUGAAAUAGAAAUAUUUAAAAAAAUUAUUCAUGAAUUUUACAAAUCAUUUACUUUUUCAAAAAAAACUUUCCCUAAUAAUCUGCUAGUCUAAAUUCUAACAAACAAGUCGCUUUUAAAUGUAUUAUUUUUUUGGUUGGGGACAUUAUAACUUUAACCAUACAGUUGUGUUUCUCAAUAGACAUAACUUUGAAUUAUGGUCAUAUAUUUUAAUAUAUUUAAAUUUAAAUUGAAUAAUAAAUUCUGCAAUUUAAACAUUAUUUUAAAAUUGAUAACAGUAACAGAGGCUAUGAAAAAAGAUCUGAAAGGAAUGAACAAGUUGGUGGAUACCAAGCUAAAUCAAUAUAAUGAAGGUAAAAAAAAAUCCAUACACUAGCAAGUAGCCUUUAUUGUAUAUUCUAAAGAAAAAAUUGAAAUAAUAAGUUCUUUUUUCAAUUAAGAUUGUUCACUAGAAUUAUAUUAACCAAAUUUGAUUCUCAAUAAAAUAAUUUCAGCUUUAAAGCAUGAGAUAAAUGACCUGAAACAACAAAACUUGAAUUUAAAAGAUGAAGUUGGCAAACAAGCAGAGACCCUUAGUUCACUCAAAAGAGGUAAUAUUAGAGUUAUGUAAUUGUGUUUUAGAUAAUUUCAUGGCAAAUAGAGGAAUUCUCACCAAAUAUGUGUGGUGUUUUGGAAAUUAAUAAAAUAUUAGUUCAUGAAAGUAAGGAAAACAAGAGCUAGGGGAAUCAACCCAAAACAAUAGCUGCAAGUGACAUUGAACAGCCGCCCCCGCCCCCACAAAGCUUAUGACCUUGUCAUGGAAACAUUAUAAUUUGACAAAUACUCAACAAAAAUAUGACAACUGGAUGGAUUUUAUGGAUGAAAAAAUUUGCCUCUAAUAAAAAAUCAUUUCAGAUUCCAAUAUUUUUUACUAUGUAUUGUUUUCAUCUCAGUUACUUAUUCGAACACCACAGUGAAGAAAUUUCAUUUUUAAUUAUUAUUUUUUGGUUUGAAAUUGAAAAGAAAUAGAUGAUGUGAAACCAGAAAACUCAGAAUUGAGAAACUUGCUGAAAAGACAAGAAGAAAAAUUAAAGGCAAUGGAGACAGGUAAUUAUUCCUGUUGACUUUUCUGCUACAAGAUAAUUAAAGCAGGGGGGAUUGUUCUUAUUUGCUUCUUGAAUUCCCAAUGGAGCAAAGUCCAUUAACAAUUUCUUUCCCAAGCCCUCUAGUCUCUUUGCUAUCUUCUCUAACUCUUUCCAAUCUUAAUUAAAUCAUUGUAGACCUCUCUUCCCCUGGUGGUUUUGGGUCUUACUUUCCCAUUGAUUCUGGGGAUUCCAUAGAGGACAGUUUUCUAGUAUUUAUUUGGAAAGGAUAUCAAUUGUCAAAUUAAAUAAAUUUAAAAAUGGAAAAUGCAGCCUUCUUAGUUGGAAAUAAAUUAGUUUAUUUUGCUUGGCCCUUUACUCUCUCUCAGUUAGUUGGGUGGAUUGCUGAAUUUGAGCACAUCAUGGUUGAUUUCAGAAUGGCUUGCAUAUUCAUUAUUGAAAAAUGAAUUCUGAAGUUUUCUUUCUAAAAUUAAAAACAGAAAUAAAGAAAUCUAAAAAUAAAUGGCAAACUAUGGAGCAGCUUGUUUGGUACCAAGCUAGAAUGUAUUUGGGAAAAAAAACGAAAUAACACUGUAGUCAUGGUAUCUAUUGAAUACACAAAGCUAAGCAUACAAAAAACGAGAUACAUUUUGACAAUUUUCAAGAAAAAAGUUACCCCAGUAUAGUGGUUAAAUUAAUGAGUUUUACAAAAUCCAGCUUCCAGUUUGUUUUAAGAAGUAUAUGGAUUUGACAAUCAGAGAUGUAUUUAUUUGGAUGUUUAAAAAUUAAAAAGAAAGAGAGUUACACAUAAAAGCUAUGAGAAAUCAAAAUAAAAGAUGUUCUAUAACUAUUGAUCUCACAUUAAAAAAAGUUGUAUCUCCUUCAGAUAGAAACCACUGAUUAAAGAUUUCUAUAUUUCAUCUGACCAAUUUAAUAUUUCAUAUUUUCCUAAGCACAAAUCAAGUUUCAUGUGAUUUAUUUAAAAUUUUACUUGAAACUUAAAAAUAAAUCUUUAAUCUGCAGAUUGUAUAACACGAUUUGAAAAUUUAGAAUCCAGAGUAAAAACAUUCUCUCAAUUUAUCAAGAAAAGAGAAACCCCACCAGAUGAAGAAAGCUGUGGUAAAUAUUAGAUUACUUUUGAGGCAGAGGCAUUUUUAUCAUUUUUGUCUAAAGUCAUAAUUUUAUGUGUGUAAAUGCUACCUACUAAAAUUAAACUGUUUCUUAUUGAUUUAUAUUAAAUCAAUUUUAUUUCACACUCUAAAUUUUUCUUCAUUAGGACUUAAUUGUUAACUUUGAUUCACAAUUUUGUUUAAGUAUUAGAAUUUGUAGAUGUUUGCUUUUCAUGGUGAUAAAUUCACAAUUUAAUAUAUCUUACAUUUUUUUUAUCUAAAGCUACUGAAAUAAAUUUUAUUUAUAUAUAAACACAAUUUAGCAAAUGAUUUGAGCAUUGAAGUAGAAGGAGAUAAAGCUCAGGCAGAAAGAUUCUCUGAGGGAAGUUUCCCCUACAAUCACAAUGCACAGGUUAAAGGUCAGUUACAAAUAAAUGAAAGAUGGCUAUCAAAGUCUUAAUUUGUGAAGCUUUAUAACUUUAUUAAACAUCAUAAUUUAAGGAGGGCUACAGACUUAUUAGUUAUGUCAAGUAAUUUGAUCCUUGGGCACUAAAAAUCAAAUAUUCCUUACUUCAGUUUAAUAAUAUAAAAUAUUUUAUGGUUCAGUAAUGAGUUCAAGUUGGACUGGAAUAAAUUCCUUUCAAGUCUUACUAUAGUAAUUCUAAGCUAUGUUUUGAUUUUUAUUUGAUUAUGUUUUUAAUUGUUGUGUUUGCUGAUGAAAGAUUCAGUAGAAACAUUCUAAUGAUUGUCUUUUGUUGUUUGUAUGUUCAACCCUGAAUAUUUCAUUCCCACAGCUGGAAUGCAGUCUCAACUAUAUUAUCAUUAAAUCAUUUAAUAUAGCAAGUGUAGUCUGCUCUCAUGGGGCUACAGAUAUUCUAGUCAAUUCUUAUUAGUUACAUAGUUUUGUAUUAUAUAAUUUAGCCAGGUCAAAAAUGAAUUAAAUGUAUAACAAGAAUGAUAGCUUACACAACACUGAUAUUGAAAUUGUUGCAAACAAUUUACUUAAUCUUACAUAAAUUUUACACUGUGAAGCCAUACAAAGAUUAAUUUAUUAAAAAGAUUUACAGGUAAAACGCCAUAUAUAAAUGACAUCACAUUCUAGUAAUGCAUUGUGAUGAUGUAUUAUGAGAGUGUCUACAUUGUGUGACAACUUUGUGACGAUGGGGGUGGGGUCCAAAAUCUGAGAAAACAGCAUGACAUUAUUUAUGAAUGGCCCCAAAGAUUCAUAUUACAGCAUCUGCAUUGACUUUGUCUAUUGCUAAGAAAAUAGCAGGAAAUGUACAGCAAAUAUAGUACAGCUAAAAAUAUACAUUAAUUUUGGCAAAAAGGAUAUGUGACAAUAGUAAUUAGAUUAAUGAGACAAUUUGUGCAUAUAAAAUAUUAUUUGUAAAGUUUAAUUACAAGACAAAAUACACUUUUAAAUGUUUCAGCUAAUACCUUCUUCAGUACAAAAUUUUACAAGAAUAAUAUUGAUGUUAAUUAAAUUUUCCAUAACAAAUUUAAUUCCUAUCUAUUAGUAUGAAUUAAUUAAAAGAAAUAAAAUAAAGACUAUGAUACUUACUAUGUUUAAAUAAAAUCUUGUGUGGGUUAAAUUUUAAAUUACAUUAGUAAUUCACAAACACCUGACAACAUUGUAAAAUGUAUCAUUUACUUGAUUCCAUAUCCAGCCUCCUACAAUGCUUGAUACCAUAUUUACAAAAACAAAAUUAUUUGUUUUUAAAUGAAUUUUUUGUUUAGGUAAGGGCAGCUAUGUAGAACCUUAUAUCAGGCGAGAAGUUCCAGAGUCAUAGAUUAAAGCUGGCAAACCUCAUCACGCAAGUCAUUAAUGUGUGUCUCCAAGAUGACUGGAGUCUUAAGGAAACAGAUUCAUAUCAUCUUUGUUUAAAUGAUGGAUCCACUAUACCUGACAACUUAUUGUAUGACACACCAUAAAACAAACAAAAAUUUAACAAAAAAAAAAUAUUUUCUCUAAAAGUAGUUAUUUAUGUACUUAAAUAACAAAAUAUUUUAUUUUAGAAUUAAAGCAAUAAUUUAAUAUGAGCAUAUAAAUUCCUUACAGCAUCCCCUACAGACCUUAAAUGUUUAUUCUAUAUAAAAUUUUAUUUUUAUAAGCAAGAUACAUAAAUAAAAUAAGUGUUUUAGUGUCUUAAUAGAAUUGUAAUUUCUAGACUGUAAAAGUAACCAUGACAAUUUUACCCAUCACAAGAACAAGAGGUAUUACUCAUCUCACUUUUAUACUUGUACAUUUUAUUUUAAAUAAUAUUUACAUUGCUGUGAUAACUCCAUUGUAUAACAUUGUCAGUGUCUUUUAAUGUACAUCAUAAAAUCACUUUUUCUAAUUUAUAGUAUUUUUUGCCCUUCUAAAGCAAAUUAUACUCUUAUUUCACAACAGAAUUAAACUAUGUACUUAUGGAACUAAUUUAAAAUAAACCAAACUUCAAUGAUGUUUUGAUGUUAUCUAUUUUGAUAAAGUGCCUCCCUACAAACUGCAUGGGCAGGUUGUGGGGUCUGUUAUAAUAUGUCUUUUUCUUUCCACUUGAAAAUCAAAUUAAACAUAUUUAUUUAACUUGCUUUGAUAAUUGCAUUGGUUUCAAAACACAUUAUUACAUUGAAAUCAUUGUGCCUUCUUGUAGAAGACACCCUAAGUAGGAUAGGGAAAAAUUGCUAAGGCAGCUAUACUUUCUUUUUAUGGCAUAGACAAUUUAGAUGGCAUAGUAUUUUCGCUGAUAUUCUGAAAAAUUGAAACACAUUUUAUUCUUCUAUGUAUAUUUUACAUGUCCACAGACCUAACCAUGUUCAAAUUAUGACAAUUACAGAUUUAUAAAUUUGUAAAUAAUGGUUGGUUAAUUAUAAUUUCUAGGGUCAACCUCUAAAAUCUUCUGUGUAUAGAACCUUUCUUAAGAUAUUACAUGAUCAUGUUUUUAUAAUAUGCCAACAGGGGACAAUAUUAAAAUUCACCUACAUAAUGCAAAGAAAAUCGAAGAUGGAAAAUUAAAUAGAAACAAAUUACUUGUGUGUACCACAGCUGAGUAACAUUGUUAAAAUGAUUUAAUUUCUAUGAAAACACAUAUAAAAUAAUGACCUGAUUGAUGACUUAUUGCUUUAAAGCAUUGUUGUAAAUUCUUAUGCAUAUCAAUGUUGGGAGAUAAUAGAAUUCAUCUGGAUUGAACACUCUUAACGUGUGCUGCCAGGUUUUCCCACUGACCAUUUAGGCCUUAUUUGGGUAAAAUUGGAUUGAUCAGGUCAGAAAUUUCAAUCCAUUAGUAUUUACUCUAUGGCUUGUCAUUUAUCAUGUUUAGGUAGAAAGAGCUUCCAUUUAAGUUAUGAUCUUUUUUUAAUGUUAAGGCAUUCUCUGACUUGGUCAAUAUGAUUUGUCCCUUCUGUGAUGUACAAUAAGAUCAUUUAUAAUUUUUUUCAUAUACGAGUUUGUUUAAUGACAAUUAUAGUGUUAUAUUAAUAUUUUUCUCACUUACUUUUGGAGCAUUAUAAAUAUAUUGAUGAUAUUUGAUACAUUCCAUUUACAAGUCUUAAAAAGAGAGAUGUUUUACUCUAUAAAAAAAAAUUGUUAAAUUAAUUGCACAAAGUCAUACACAUUUUUUUUUUUAAAAUUCAUUCAUAUUGUAUAAUCUAUUUAAUCAUCUUCUUUCCAUUUUUAUGUAGGCCUAUUUUAUUUCUUAAAAAAUAAUGUAACGAAAUUAUUUAACCUUUACCAUGAGCCAUGAGUAAAAUAAACUUUUUUUGUGAGACAAUGGUCUCAUUUGCUCAAAAGUUCUGUCUAAGAAUUAACAGCAGUACCAACUUUGGCAUUUUAAAAUUACAACACGAUAUCAAUAACAGGUUACAGAAUCUUCAAAAAAUUAGAUUCAUAAUCAAACUCCAUUUUUUAUUUAUUUAUUUUUUUUUUGCGAUAACUCAUAACUUUGUUGUAGGCUAGUUUGAAGAACUCAUUUAAAAUCAAUUGUUUCUGCAAGUUACUUUGCUGUAAUCUUUGUUUCCUGAAAAUUUUAUCUCUGAAUGAAUUCAAACAAUUUUUGCACUUCUUCCAUAAGUUUAAUAACCCUUAAAAUGCUUUAUAAAAAGAUCAAGUUAAAGUGAAAACAAAUUAGUAAAAAUAACAGUUUAUUUAAAAUAUGUGGGUAUAAAAAUCUGAACUGUUUUUGUGUGUGUCUUAUUCCAAUUCGUUAAAUCCCCUCCUCCCCCCCAAACCCCAAGCAUAUUCUUAGUAAUUUCAAAUUCGCCUCGACAAUGACUGCACAAAUAAAUGUAAUACUAUACUAAUUUACCCAAAUUUUUUCCUCAAUAUAUAAAAAAAUUAAAGUACACUUUUUUGUUCGCAAAAUAAAUCUAGUAGUUAAAAUGCCCUAUUACUAUUAAUUUAAUAUAAAAAAACACAAUUAAAAAGAAAUAAACUACAAUUCAUUCGGCUUGCUACCUUUUAUAUAAUAUAAGAUUAUUGCAACAGUGAGUGUGUGUGUGUUGGGAGAGAACUUUUCAGUGUCAU